AUGGAGCCUCCUGCUUCCCAUGUCGACGCUUCCUCUUCCACCUCCCCGUCCACCACCACAUUCGCACCCAACGGUCAACGGCGCAACUCCGCGACCAUGCGACAGCAUGCCCGCAACUCGAGUCGCAUCGCCGAUGCCGCCAGCCGGAUCAGCGACGACGAGGGCACCAAGACCGCGGUCAAAGUUGCUGUACGGGUACGACCGCCGCUGAAACCCUCCGACCCUGGAUUCGACCUCAUACCACAGCGCUUUCGAGAGAGCACAUGCGAAGUCUCCAACCGCACAAACCUCCUCGUCCAGACACAGAACCACGACAAGAAGCUCUUUGUAUUCGACCGCGUCUUUGACGAAGACACCACCCAGGAUGGAGUGUGGGAGUAUGUCAGUGACGGAGUCUCGUCCUUUGUCAAGGGCUACAACGUCUCCAUUCUCGCGUACGGCCAGUCAGGCGCUGGAAAGUCCUACACGAUGGGUACAUCAGGACCGCAGGACCAAGACAUGGCAGAGAAUCAAGGCAUUGUACCACGCGCAGCCCAGCUCUUGUUCGAUAAACUCAGUGGUACUCCCCCGAAACAAUCGGGCCUCCAGACACCGAAGCGAUACUCGACCCAACCCUUACCGACGUUGGGAAGCCUUGCAAAGGCUGCCAACGCUGGCUCAAAAGACUGGGAACUACGGGCAACAUACGUCGAGAUCUACCACGAGCAACUACGAGACCUGCUCGUACCGGAGUCGGUGCCGCAUCAGGACAGAGCUACGAUCGCGAUCCGAGAAGAUACCAAAGGCCGUAUCAUGCUUACCGGAUUGACCCAGGUUCCAAUCAAUUCAGCUGAAGAUGUGCUCAACGCCCUCAACUUCGGUUCGUCGAUUCGACAAACGGAUGCCACGGCAAUCAACGCUCGUUCCUCCCGAUCUCAUGCUGUUUUCAGUCUUCAGCUCAUACAGAAGAAGUCGGACGCAGCCGUGCCACCUACACCGAAACUCGACAAGCGGAGAUCGAUGCCAGUAGAGACCCUGGCCGCUGCCGCUGCUCAGAAUGGUGACGGCAUCGUCACAAUCGAUAGCAAGUUGCAUUUUGUGGAUUUGGCUGGCAGUGAACGUCUGAAGAACACUGGUGCAACUGGCGACCGAGCAAAGGAGGGUAUCUCGAUCAACGCUGGCCUCGCGAGUCUGGGCAAGGUCAUCUCACAGCUUUCUACGAAGCAAGGUCAAGGACACAUCUCGUAUCGCGACUCGAAGCUCACGCGGCUGUUACAAGACUCUUUGGGAGGCAAUGCCAUCACUUUCAUGGUUGCGUGUGUCACACCGGCCAUAUUCCACCUCAGCGAGACCCUCAACACCGUCCACUACGCACAGCGCGCACGAGCGAUUCAGAGCAAGCCCAUCAUCCAGCAGACGCACGAAGAAGGCGACAAACAAGCAGCGAUCGACCGACUUCGCGCAGAAGUCAGUUUCCUACGUGGCCAAAUCGAUCGAACCGACAAGACCGUCGAGAAGAGCGAUCGACCCGAACGACGUGGCGGAAAGGAGGCCGAGCUUCAUACACAGCUCAUGGACAUGCAAGAGAACUACAAUGCGCUCAGUCAAAGACACGCGAAGCUCAUUGCAGAGAUCUCCAAAAGCAGGGACAGCGAAAGCGCAGAUACGCCGUUGCUGAACGAAGCUAUCGGGGAGAAUGCAAGCGAGCGUAUCAAGAGGUCGAACUCGUUCGCGGAAGCUGUCGAAGCUGUGGUUCUGGAGUAUGAGAAGACCAUUCAAAGCCUCGAGAGUUCGCUGUCGAAGACGCGCGCAUCGUUGGCAAGCACCGAAAGCACACUCAUGGAGAAGGAAACCCGAAUCGCAUACAUGGACACAAUCCAGCAGCAACUGCAGGCACGCGUCUCAAAGUACAUGGAGCGUGAGGCGAACUAUGAUUCGUACACUCGUGAUCUCGAGGACAAGAUGGAAGGCGCGACCGGAGAAGAGGAGCGCAAGGACACCAUGAUCGCUGAGCUUAGGAAGGAGCUUCUGCGUGUGCGUGAAAGCGAAGUCGGCGCCGAAGAUUACAUAUCCACACUCGAAGAGCGUCUUGCAGAGGCGGAGCAAGAUCAAGAGAUCAUGCAGCGCGAGAUUGACCGUCUGGAACAUGUCGUGGAGCGACAGAGGAGCAUUGGCCGACUCGACAAUCUUCUGGGCGAAUUGGACGGCGACCGAGCACAACAGCCAAAGACGAAUGGCGUGCACUCGCGCUCAGUGAGCCCCGAGCUGAACGGCCACGCUGACAAUUACGAUCCAUUUCGAACCACAGAAUCACCAACCAGCGUUCACACCAAUGCGGACCAGGCAGGUUCUGACGUUCCUGAUAACGUGUUGCCUGCACCAGAGAACGCUAGCAGCCCUGACCAGAACGAGUUUAUGGCAGAGAAGCUCGAGAGCCUAUCGUCAGAGUUCUUCGAGCUGCGAUCAGACCAUGAGGCUGUUCUCACAGACUACAGUAUUCUCCAACAGAAGUACCGUACUGCACUGGAGACACUGGCGAAAUUGGAGUACGACAAGGAGGCACCAAAGACUCCACAAGCGGAUGCCGAGAGCAGCAACCGAAGCUCUUUUUUAGCGGAGGCGGGGAUGGAGGACGAGGGAAAGGCUACAGACGGACAGCCUUCAUCCUCGCGCUCAUUUUCGCAGGAGUUGUCCUCGCGGGAGCAGUCGAGUUCUGGCGCAGACAUCGACAAGACACCGCAGAGUUCGAGCAGUGAUCGCAGCAACAACCCCCCGGACAUCAAGGUUCAGCGGGACGUUGACCCGGCGCAAGUGCCGCUUGCUGGUGGCCACGAAGAUGUGCUGCAGGAAAUGGAGACGUUGCGCAAGCUGCACGCAGAAAAGGAGGUCUCCGUGACCGAACUGACCAAGAACUACAUGAGCUUGGCCCAACGCCACGAAUCGACAUUGAGCCAAGUCGAAGAGUUGAAGAAGGAGGUGCAACAACACGCCAACCGCUCUGCCUCGCCCACGUUCCCUGCAUCGCCCAGCUUCCAGCCAAAGCACGCCUGGCGCCGUAGAUCUGACGAACUCUUGGGACACAAUACUGAUCGUGCAUCCAGAUCGUACGUGUCCAUGAAGACUUUGGUCCUGAACAACUUUGAGGAUCAAGCGGAUGUGCGACAAAGCUUCGAGCAGCACUUGAGCCUGGUCAUGACUGAGCUUCAUGCCCGUUCCGAAAGGGUCACAUCUCUGGAAGCUGAACUCGGUACCCUUAAGAAGGAGAUGGAGAACAAGCAACAGAUUAUUGCUGGCCUGACACGCGAGCGAUCAACCAUGGCGGCAGCAUCGGCUUCUGCUGUUGACUUCACUGUCAUUGGCCAAAUGCGAGACCAGCUUAUGGAAAGCGAAAGCCAGAUCCGAAGCCUCCAUGAGCAGAACGCAGCGCGCGAGAAGGAGCUGCAGGAUGAGGUCGACAAGCUCAAGACGACGCUUGCCGAGCAUCAGCAAAUGCUGGCCUCGAAUCAGCUGCCAACUCCGGUCGACGAGAGCAUACACUCCGAGAUGCCUGGCAACUUCCCGGUCACACCGAUGGAGCUGCCCAAAGAGCUCACUUUCGGAAGCAGACAGGCAACGGGUGGUGCCGAGAACAGACUCUCUCGACUGGUCCAGAACGAGGAGGUGAUGAAGCUCAAAGAAGAGCUUACCUCUUGGGAGACCAAGCACAGAGACGCUAUGGACACCAUGACAACGUCGCAAGCGAAUCUGCUCAACACAAUCACGGACUUGCAGGAGUCACUGCGCAAUGCUGAGAAGACUGCUGGAGCACGAUCUACCAACGGUGGGCUCAGUGAAACUGAGCUGCUGGAGCAGGAGCGCGCCAAGCACAGAGAGAUUGUCGAGACGUUGAACACACAGGUCACGGAGCAUAGAAAGAUCGCCGAUGAGCGAGUCCACAGGCUGGAGCAAUUGCAGCAAGCAUAUGCGAACAUCCUUGAGCAGGUUGACGACAAUUCAAGCUCGCACGAGCUGACGCAGAAGGAGCUCACCACCCACAAAGAAUUGGUCAAGAACCUCGAGAACCAGCUCCAGGUGCAUAAGUCGGCCAUGACAAUUCAUCAAGAGAGUCUCGAAUCAUUGCAGGCUUCCCAUACUAAGGAGAUGGAGGAGCAACAAGCAAGAUACGCAGCACUUGAGGAGCAGCAUGAGCAGGUCACAGCUGACCUGCAGAAGGAAUUGGAGAAUGCCCAUGGCGAGAUUACAGGUCUGUUGGGUAAUGCUUCAUCAGCCUUGGGCUACAAGACCGACUCGUCCCAGCUACACGAGCAGAUCAAGGGUCUCGUGGACGAAGGCAAAGAUCUGCACAGCAGACAUCUCAAGACGACCAACGAGCUAAAAGCAGUGCAGGAAGAGCUCCAGAGCGCCCUCAAUCGCUCUGUUGAGAUGGAAAAUGAGAUGAGUCAACUCAAGGUAGUAAGCGAGGAGAAGGCGACCAACCUUGAGAAAAUGACGGACAAAUACAACAAAGCGGCCGCGCUUGUCGACGAGCUUGAGGAGCAGCUCAACUCAAAUUACGACUCGCAUCAAGCGACUAAUAAGCGAUUGUCGACGAUGCAGUCCGAGACUGUGCAAGCUCGCAUGGAAUUGGAGAGAGAGCUUGAAGAGCAGAAGGCGAGAGCUCGGCAACUUGAACAACAACUCGAGGCAUACAAGCACAUGUCGUUGGCGUCUAACAACUCGUCCAACUAUAACCGCGACUCGUUGUCGCCAGAUGCAGCCGGCGUUGCCUUGGGUCGGACAGGCUCGGGCUCAGGUAACCCGACUGCAGCCAAUCGCAAGUCGGGCGCCACGGCAUUGCCUACACCUCCUCCAUCCAUACCACUUCCUCCCCUGCCAGGUUCGCCGCUCACUGGGAAUCCUUCGAAUGGCUUUGAGCGGGUUACCUCACCAACGCCGACGAAUGGUUCGCCACCCACUUCACGCCAUACUUCUCAGCAACCAGAUUCUCACAUGGAGAAGCUCGUGGAAGAGCAAGAGUCAAGAAUCAGGACCAUCGAGAAGCAUCUGUUCGCCGAGAAGCAGCUCACCGCCACCCUCGAGGAGGCACUGGUGGACCUGGAGACUUCUGCAAACCGCACCAAGUCCGAAAUGGAGAACUGGCGCAAGAAGUGCAACAGCUUGGAAGACGAACUGGUUGGUCUGCGCAAGGAGCGUAGCAGCUCCCGCGCCAGUUUACAGGCUGUCGAGGAAGAGCGUGAGAUGCGUGUCCGCGCGGAACGUGCACGGCAAGCACUCGAGCAACGCAUGCAAGAGCUCAACGCCGGCAAGAAAAAGAAGAAGAGCGGCCUGAACUGCUUCUAG